AUAAUCCAACAUCCAUUAUUAUGUAACUCUGCUGAAUACAGAUAUUUAUAAUCUGAACAUGCUGGAGUUAUGACAUCAUCUGGGACUGCUGACCAUGACAAGCAGUUGGGGAAGCAUGCAAACCGUUCUGUCAUGUGGACAAUGGGUUGUCAGAAGACUUGCAAGGUGGAGAAACUCCAGUCUCAGAGGGAAGUAGUGUGGAGCCAGAGACAAAGGUUAGCCACAGCAAAGAACAGCCGGAUGAGAGGCACAGAUAAGCUGAGAAAUGAAGUUUUGCCCCUUCAGCUCCCAGGUGUGCAGCGUUUGGACAGCUUUCGUCUUCUAGAGGACAACAGCGGAGCUCUGAAACUCACCCCAGAGACCCUGAGCCACCAAAGGCUAAAACAGAAGUUACUGGAGACUGAGAUCAGCACCAGAAGGAAGGAGUGUGAAACACUUGAGGCAGAGGUGAAGAAAAAGAAUCAAACAUGUCAGACUUUGGAGAAUGAGCUUCAAGAUUUCCUCCAGGAAAACAAGCACUUGAACCUCCAGCUGUUCAACAAUAGCCACAAGGCAUUUGAGAAUGAGAAGGUGAAGUCUGAGUAUGCCCAGCUCAAAGAGACCCUUGGUGCAGUGACGCAGGAGAGAGAUUUAGCCCUGUGGGAGAGGAACCAGCUCCAAGACAAACUGGAGAACCUAGAGCAGGUGCUCAAGCAUAUGCGCGAGGCUGCGGAGCGGAGGCAGCAGCUAGAGUUGGAGCAUGAGCAGGCCUUGGCUGUACUCAAUGCAAAGCAGCAGGAGAUUGACCUUCUUCAGAAGGCUCAGGUUGAGGCUAAAAAGGAACAUGAAGGCGCUGUCCAUCUGUUAGAGAACCACUUGGACAGCAUGCAGGCCAAAGUUCGUGAGCUGGAGGAAAAAUGUCGGACUCAGAGUGAGCAGUUCAACCUCCUGUCAAAAGAGCUGGAGAAGUUCCGGCUCCAGGCUGGGAAGUUUGAUAUUCUCAGCACUGAACCCUUAACUUUAUGUGAAUCUCCUGGAUCGCCCAACAAAUCCCUGUCACAGCUCCUUAAUGGACUGGCUGCCCCCAUAGGAAAAGGCAAUGAGGUGCCAACGAGCAGAUCUUUGAUAUCUGAGUUCAUUCGACCACUCCAGAUCAGUGGAGACAAGCCCGAGCUCCUCUCUGUCAAGCCAGCAUUCCUCACUCGCAGUCGAGCCCGCAGCCCAGCACGGGCUUUCCUUUCUGAGAUGGACAAAGAGCUCAGCUCAACUACCAGGUCCAAACCCAGGUUCACAGGGAAGGUUCAUCUGUGUAUUGCUCGGUACAGUUACAAUCCUUAUGACGGGCCUAAUGAGCAUCCUGAGGCAGAGCUCCCCCUGGUGGCAGGGAAGUACCUCUACGUUUACGGGACAAUGGAUGAGGAUGGCUUUUACGAAGGAGAGCUGCUGGAUGGACAGCGGGGACUCGUCCCAUCCAAUUUUGUGGAUUUUGUCCAAGAUGAGGAGACAUCCUCCGUCCAACACAGGGACACUGUAGCUAAAGAACCUGGCUACCUCAACCACAGUAGCCUGGGGCCACAGAGACUGGGGGUCGGCACAGGAACGGGAACAGGCAUAAGCAGCCUGCUGUCUGACAGUAAACUAGACUGUCUAAGCACCGGCAGCUUGGGCAUGGACCUCCUGGGCUCCUCCAGCAAUGGGACAGGAACCUUGGAUGUCAGCAUUGACGAGGUUGGUGAAGACAUUGUGCCUUAUCCCCGCCGCAUCAACCUGAUUAAACAACUGGCCAAGAGUGUGAUUAUUGGCUGGGAUCCUCCUGUGGUCCCACCAGGCUGGGGCUCCAUCAGUGGCUACAAUGUCUUGGUGGAUAAGGAGUUGCGCAUGAGUGUCCCUUACGGGGGCAGGACAAAGUCUCUUAUUGAAAAGCUCAAUCUGGUCACCAACACCUACCGUAUCUCAGUGCAGAGCAUCACUGACCGUGGCCCGUCGGACGAGCUCCGGUGCACUAUGCUCGUGGGAAAGGACGUGGUGGUGGCACCUUACUACCUGCGAGUGGACAGCAUCACGCAGGUCUCUGCUGAACUCUCUUGGAUGCCUAGCAACAGCAACUACAGUCACACCAUCUUCCUCAACGGUGCAGAGUACGACAUGGUCAAGGCGGGGGGCUAUAAGUACAAAUUCUUCAACCUGAAGCCCAUGACCGUUUACAAGGUGAAGGUUGUGGCGCAGCCGCAUCAGGUGCCUUGGCAGCUUCCCAUGGAUCAUAGAGAGAAGAGGGAAAUCUCUGUGGAGUUCUGCACUCAGCCUGCAGUGUGUGUGUUGUGCUCCCCAGGGCCCCCUCUCCCUCCCCAGGAAGUGCAGGUCCAGUGUGGUCAGACACCCGGGGUCCUGCAGGUCAGAUGGAAGCCGCCGCCUCUGACGUCUUCAGGAACCUCCAACGGGGCCAGUGUGAUUGGCUAUGCCGUGUGCACAAAGGGACAAAAGAUAGCAGAGGUCUUAUACCCCACAGCAGACUAUGUGACCGUGGAGUUAAACAGGAUUCAGUGUCUGGAGGCCAGGGAAGUCAUUGUAAGGACGUUAUCAACACAAGGAGAGUCCCAGGACUCGCCUGUGGCCAUCAUCCCGCACAAUCUCUUGGGCUCUCCACGCCUCUCCCACAGAACCACUGCACCUCCCCACCCUGUCCCCCACCCGCAGUCCCAUCCGGUACACUCACAAACCCAUCCUCCUUACCCAUCAACAUACCCCCCGAAUCACCCUCAGCCCCAGGUGCAGCCUCUGCCUCGAGCCCAGCCCCACACGCUUCCCCACGCACAGCCGCAUUCGCAGCCCAUUCGCCACCCCCCUCCUCAACCCCAGGGUCAUUUCCAGCGCCACCCCAUGCCCAAGUCCAAACCGUUAGUAAGUGCCAGAGAGCCAGAAACCAAAGAGCAUGAGGUGGGCCUGCGGUCAGCCCAGCCCUGGGAGCGAUCCCCCUCUCCGCUGCCUCCCAUGCGUGGAUCCAACCUGGAGCCGCCACACUUCCAGCCACGGCGAUCGCCCUCUCCUCAGAGGAUCCUGCCGCAGCCUCAGGGAGUCCCCAUCCCCAACACCAUCGCCAAGGCCAUGGCCAGGGAAGCUGCCCAGAGAGUGUUUGCCGAGGGCAACCGGGUUGAAAAAAGGAAUAUCUUUAGUGAGCGAGGCAACGCCUUGCAACCACUCAACUCUGAUGAGGAGGAGGAUGGUUACGACUCUCCUCAUGCGAGGAGGAGAGGAGCCUCGGUGGAUGAAUUCCUCAGAGGCUCAGAGUUGGGCAGACAGCACCAACAUCACCCCUACAGCCACAGUGAGGAGUACCACACGGAGAGUAGCCGGGGUUCUGACCUGUCUGACAUAAUGGAGGAGGACGAGGAAGAUCUUUACUCUGAGAUGCAACUGGAGGAGGGCCGCAGGCGCAGUAUCAACUCUCACAACACUCUUAAGGCAUAUUAUAAGCGUCAGGACUUAGCCGAGGAAAGAGACUGUUGGGACCUCCAGAGGGAGGUGGUGAAGCAGAAAUCGCUCCGCAGCAAGCGUCUCCACAGCAUCCCCGAGGUGGCUGAGGAAGAGUUGGACAGUGUGGACAGCAUGGGCCAGCGCUUGUGUUUCGAAGACGGUGGGCGGCCGGGAACGCCAUACACUCAGCGGAGGAUGUACCAUCAGGACCCUCACGUGCCGACCCAUCUCACCCCCAGCAAGAACUCCCGCCACCUGCAGCGCCAGCGCUCUUCCCCUCGCUUUACAGACAGCCGCUACUGCUACAACCCAGACGACCGCAGCUUGGGACGACCCAACCGCCAGAACACCAAGAGUCCUGACAGUGGUUUAGACUGCGGCAGUGAGGAAGAAGGCUCUCUAGGUCGGGGUUAUCGAGGGUACUAUGCUCAUGGGAGCCCCAUGCGGGGCCCCGUGCACAUCAUCCACUGUGAAGGCCCGGUAGAAAGGCGGGCGCUGGCUAUGGGCCGUAAAAGAACUCUGACCCGUCAGUGCAGCGUGGAGGAGGAGUUCUCUGACAUUCCAGUGACUGCAGCCAAGUCGGUACACACUGGUGACUUUAGGAACAGGGAGCACUUUGGGCCUGGUCGGGAGGCUGGGCAGCGAAACUACUCCAGGGAAGGGACCCUGAGCGAGGGCAGGCUGAACGAGCUGGACAGGGUCUAUUACAGCCCCCACAGGGAGGCUAGGGCCCAGUCUUUGUCCAGGCUCAACCGGGACCAGCCGCUGAUCAUUGGGAACUCAUCAUCACAUGGAGGAGCUGAUCGCCUGGACCACUCAGGGAGGAGGCUGGUUCACAUCGGCACCCCCCCUCAGCAACGGCCCAUCCCAUCCAUUGAGAUCACCAUGGACAGUAACAGUGAGGGGAGUGAGGGGAACCUCUCACCCGUCAAGGAGGAUGUUUACUAUGGCAGUGUAGCUCGCCGCAGGAUAUGGCGAUCUAUGUCCUCAGAGGAUCAAUAUGACGGCUAUGGUGGGCGCAGACACGGGCGGGAACGGCGCUCCCCGGAUUACUAUGAGGAAUCGGAGCCAGAGGAGAUGACCCGUGUGUUUGUGGCUCUGUUUGACUAUGACCCCAUGUCCAUGUCUCCCAACCCUGACGCUGCUGAUGAGGAGCUGCCAUUCAAGGAGGGCCAGAUCAUCAAGGUGUUUGGGAACAAAGACACGGAUGGCUUCUACAGGGCAGAGAUCCGAGACCGAGUGGGUCUGAUCCCCUGUAACAUGGUCUCUGAGAUCCAAACAGAGGAUGACGAAAUGAUGGACCAGCUCCUCAAACAGGGCUUUCUGCCACUCAACACUCCUGUGGAGAAGUUAGUGAACUGUGACCGUUUCAAAGAUGGCCGCUCAAUAAAUCGCAGGUCCAGAAAGUCCAAGAGAGAGAGGAACAGGCGGAGUGGCCGUCAACAUCCAAUGUCAACGCGGAGAAUGGUGGCUCUGUACGACUAUGACCCUCGCGAGAGCUCCCCUAACGUUGAUGUAGAGUAUGAGGGCAACAGACUGAAUGAGGAGGCUGAACUGACUUUCUGUGCCGGUGACGUUAUCACAGUUUUCGGUGAAAUAGAUGAAGAUGGCUUUUACUAUGGCGAGCUCAAUGGACACAAGGGACUUGUUCCUUCCAACUUUCUAGAAGAAGUGCCUGAUGAUGUAGAGGUUUUUCUCACAGACUCACCAUCUCGAUACCCCCAGGACACUCCAGCACGGAUAAAGACCAAAAGGGUUCCAUUGGAAAAAUCGGGUCCGCCCAGAAGAGCAGCCUCUCCCACAGUGCGUCCACACAUCCCUGGCUCUGGCCCUGCCACCGUGGGGCCCGGGAGUCCCAUCAGGGCCCCACUGGACAUGUACUCCUCCAAAAAGAAAAAGGGACUGCUCUCCAAAGGGAAGAAACUAUUGCAAAGACUUGGCGCUGUAAAAUAAUUUCUUGACAUACUUGGAAAGUGUCAUCCACUUCCUUGUCAUGUUAAAAAAAAAAAGAAAUGAAAAUAUAACAGUGGACAGGUGGCAUUUGUGAGCUUAGCAAAUGCUUUAUUCUUGUACAUCUGUUGUAUACUAGAAUAUUUGUAUUUUGUUAACAGUAUCCACUUCAUAUUUUCAAUAACACAUUUCAUAUUAUGGUCCCGAGACUUCAUGGUGUCGGCCGAUGUAGUAUUGAGUAUCUUACCUCCAAGUCUCUGGCUGAUGAAGUAGACAUUUUGCUGUAGACAAAGACAGGGCCUGGGGCAUUCUCCAUUUUGCACUUGGUCAAGUCUGAUGGCACUUAAUACACCACAUUAUGAGUCUGACCAGUGUCCCUGUGUACAGAAAUCAGAAUGUCAUUCAAACAUUGAGGGCUCAAUUAAACCUUGGAGUCCAUUUUGAAUCCCAAGAAAAAGAUGGACUCGGAGGGCCUCGACUUGAGCUUGUUCAAAACAGCCUGUCACAUAAAUUGUGUGAGGUUUGCAUGCUUUACUUCAGCACAUUCCCUUCUGACCCCUUGAGAGUGCAUGCAAUGUGAUGGGCUCAGUAUGGAACCUGGAGCAGGCAGUACUUGAACACAGCGUGGCUGACUUGCUGUGCAGUAUACUGUGACAAAUCUGCAGAAUUAACUCCUGCCCUAUCUCAACAACUGUGAUAGAGGCAAGUGCCCCCCCAAAACAUGUCAGAUACCUACUAAAAAAGCACAUACUGUACCUACUACAGGGUCUCUGCAGUAAAAUCAGCCUGAAUGGAAAUGCCUAGUAGAUCCAACCUCCAUGUAUUUGCCUUAUAAUCGCACAAUGGUUAGUACUUUGUCCAGUAGAGCGUGCAGUUCCAUGCCUACUAUUCAUUUAUGUUAUUACUUCAUAAAACAAAUUUUUGCAGAUGUUAAUCCUGACUUGUGAUGUGCAGGGUAUUGUGUGACUGUCGUGAUUUCCAUAGGACCAGAGCUUACAUAACAGUCCAAGACUCCUGUGUUGACAAUGUCCAUCAUCCAUAGUUAAGCCCAAAAAGAAAUUAUUUUUAAUCUUAGAAAUAUACCUUAGAAAAUAGAUGGAAAAGGUCAAAAAUUCUCCGUGUACUAAUGUUUGGGGCUACUGAGCAAAUGGUCUUUAAUUUGAGUUCACAUCUGAUUUAAAACAAUAACUAUUCUACAAAGGAAACAUUACAUGAGCAGACUAAAGAACAAACAGAAGUAGUUACUGUGUGAUAUAGCAUCAGCAAAUGAAGUCCUGUUAUUGUACUGCAUUUGAUUCACAUGCAACACUUUUGGGCUUCACUAGAUGACUAAAGGUUUGACUGUUUUCACAGUUAACAGUGAGACACAAGGCUACCUCUACCCUUCUAACCCCAAAUCUAUUAAAUCUGAAAUAUGUUUAUUCAAGCCCAUCUGUCAUUGAUGCCUGUUCAGUGUGUCCCAAGUCAUGUUGGUGCAGGAUACAAGUACUGUAUAUCUACAUUAAGGUGUAUAUAGAUAUAGAGUAGUGAAUGUAUGAUGAAUUGAAAGCCAAUGUAUUUUCAAAGCUGCCCAAAAGGAUUGUGCACGUCCGUCUUUGUGCGUAAAAUGAAAGUCCACUUUUAUUUCCUCACACCAUUCUGUUUUCCAUUUCAUCCUCAUGUAUCUUAAAACCUAACCUAUUUUUUCUAUACACAAGAGUUGAACUGAAACUGCCAAAAAAGAAUGUAUGCAAAACAUUCUGUAAUACUUUCUGUACAAUUCUCGGCCAGACAGCCACGUUAACCUAUGGUUAACUAAACUGAACAUCUUUUCCUAUUUAUGGACCAUGUCUUCAGACAUUGCUUCUAUUAAUUUUGAGUGACUGUUGCUCUUUUUGUACUUUGUCCAUUUGUAUAAUUGUUUUUAAAUGUUUAUACUUGAUUUUCAAACUGCCUUUUUUGUACAUUUAACUUUAUAAUCAAACAGUGCAAGCUUUCCCCAUGGUGUCUUGAAGACCACAUUGUUUAAAAGUCUGCAAUUGUGUGCUAGCUUUAUGAUAAGAAUUAUCAGCCUAUAUUGAUGGUUACAAAUUAUUGUGUGGGUGUGCAUGUGCAAUUUUUUCUAAAAAAAAAAAAAAAAAACUAAAUAAAUUUGAUAUUUUGUAAUGUUUGAAUAUGUGAUUUAACUUAAAAUGCCAGAAAUGACAUACCACACAGAAAUGUUUAUUAGAGCCAUUUGCAACACAGCAAUAACAAGCCCCCUAUGAAAAAAAAAAGUUUUGUUUUGAUACUUUCUUAUUCAAAAAGACAAAACCCAACAUCAACUUACAUUGGUAAUGAUGUUAUAAAUCAAUACAAUGACA